AUGCCCGCCGGCACAAUGUUUGCCAAAUUCAAGAGCACCAACGUGGCCGCCUCCACAGCCACUCAAGCAGUCGCCGAUGGCAAUCCCAUUACGCAGUACUUUGAAAUCGGCAAGCCAGUGGCCUGUGCCGGCCCAGAAUUGGUGUGGCGCAUCCAUGAUGCGUACCGCAAGAGCGACAACAAGGAAUGUUCGGUGUUUAUAUUCGAGAAGAAAAUUGCGGAGAAGCUGCACAAGCCGCGUCGCAAGGAGACCAUAACGGAGCUGCUAAAGAGUUCGGUGAAGACACUGGAGCGCUUCCGCCAUCCGCGGAUACUGCAAAUCUAUCACACGGUCGAGGAAAGUGCGGAUACGCUGGCCUUCGCCUCGGAGCCCAUCUUCGCCAGCCUCUCGAACGUCCUGGCUUUUCACGAGUCGAAGACGUACGAGGCGACCAAUGUGGCGCCGGCGGCGGGCGGAGCAGCUGCGUCCCAGGCGCAGGCGGCGGCGAACACCUUGCCCCAGCGACCGGCCCAUGCCAAGGAAUACAAUUUCUUGGACAUGGAGCUGAAGUACGGCUUUCUCCAGCUGACCGAGGCAUUGGCGUAUCUGCACUAUUCUGGUCACGUAAUUCAUCGCAAUGUGUGUCCAUCAUCUAUACUAAUAACCAAGCGGGGUAUAUGGAAACUGGCCGGCAUGGAAUAUGUGGAGCGAAUGAAUGAGAACGAUUUGAACAGCUCCAUUCCGUGCCCGCCGUGGAGCAAUCGGGUGUCCAAGAUGGCCCAGCCGAAUCUCGACUUUAUGGCUCCCGAAACUCAGUCAACGUCCAAGUGCAGUUUGCUCAGCGAUAUGUUCUCGCUGGGAAUGGUGAUCUGUGCGGUCUUCAACAACGGAAGACCACUGAUACAGGCCGGCAACUCCACCUCCAACUAUGCCAAGCAAAUGGAAACGCUGGAUGAUCUGGUCCACAAGCUGAUGCCCAGACUGCCAAUUGCCCUGCAGGAGGCCACUUCGCGCAUGGCCAGUCGGGAUGCAACCGCCAGGCCCACCGCCCAACUGCUGCAGCUCAUCAAGUACUUCAUCGAUACGCCUAUAAACGCUUUGAAAUUCCUGGACGUGGUCAACAUGAAGGACACGCAGCAGAAGUCCCAGUUCUACAAGACCACCUUGAUCGAGGCCAUGCCGAUGAUACCACGUAAACUCUGGUGGCAGAACAUCUGGCCCAUGCUCAAGUCCGAGAUCAACAAUAAUGAGGUCCUUGCCGCAGUCCUGCAGCCGGUCAUGCUCUUCGUCCAGGAGGCCACGCUCACGGAGUACGACACCCUCAUGUCGGCCACCAUGAAAGUCAUCUACAAUACGCCGAAAUCCAUUCAGGCCAGCGUUACAAUACUCGAGAAUUUGCAUUUGAUUAUCGAGAAGACGAAGCCGGAGGAUGUCACCACAGACAUAAUGCCCAUGUUGUUCUACUCCUUCGAUGGCUCCACGAUACAAGUGCAGAGCGCCGCCGUGGUGGCUGUGGCCAAUGUGUUUGAUAGCAUCGAUGAGCUCUCCAUACGCCGCAUGGUCCUGCCCAAGGUGAAGCAGGUGUUCGAGAAGAACAUAACCGAUCCGAAGAUUGUGCAGAACGUGCUGAUGUGCAUCGAGCGAGUGAUGGAUCGCAUGGAGCGGGCGCAGGUCAUGGAUGAGGUUCUGCCGCUGCUGGCGAACAUUCGCAUUCCCGAUCCCGAUAUCAUCAUGCGUACUGUGCGCAUCUACCAUAAACUGUUUGUGGACAAAACCUACGGACUGACCGUGGAGACGAUGGCCACCAAUGUGCUGCCCCUGCUCAUUCCGCACACGGUGAAUCCUUCACUCAAUUUCGAGCAAUAUUGCUACCUGCUGGAGGUGCUGCAGCAGAUGCUGGAGGCCAUCGAUCGGCAGCAGAGGAACAAGUUGAAGCUGGACAACCUGUCGAUGGCCUCGCCGGAACGCCACCGCACCCUGCGCCACCAGUUCUCCACGGACAACAUGAAUGCGCCACCCUUCAACAUUCCCAACUUGCGCAUAGAUCAACGCAAGACGUCCAGUGCCGAGGACAUGGCCCGCAAAAAUUCUGGCGGCUCCGGCAUGCUGGGCGGCUGGUGGUUUGGCUGCUCUCCCUCGUCGCCCGACAGCAAUUUCCUGCGCGUGGGCAACGUGUUCCCCAACCGGCGACUGUCGGACAACACGCUGAUGACCCCCAAGAUCCGGAUAGCUCCGUCGUGCGCCUCCUCGCCGGGCGGUACUCCUGGCAGCGGGCUGCCGACGCGACGCCACUCGAGCAUUGGGCCGCAGGAGCGGCGGGGCUCCACCAUCAAUUUGUCACCGCCAACUUACGGUGCCCGCGGUAGCUCUGGAUCGAGUCUAUCGGUGCCAUCCACCUCGGUCUAUGUUGGUGGCUCCAUGCCGAACACAUCCAGCAGUGUGCCAUUCCUGCUAUCAUCCAGCAUGCAGUCGAUAAGGUCGCGCCGCCAGUCCACCGUCCUGUCAUCGGGUCCACUCGGCUCCGGAUCGGGGCUACUGCAGCAGCUGGGAUCCGGCAUGUAUCAACUAUUCUCCGGACGUAACUAAAGAUACAGAAACGCAAUCAGAUAAUUAUACAUUCAAAAGAAUCCAAUUACUUUUUAAUGCAAUUUCGGUCCAUUUAUGAAACACCAGUAAUCAACUUAUAUUAGCGGUAUAAAUAUAUGAAAUUAUGAAAAUUGUAAACGUAUACCAAGCGGAAGCAUAACUAAGUAUUUUCAGUCAAAUCUCUAAAUGUUGUUAGCCAAUCAACUUUGAUGUGACCAAAACAACAUUAUAAUCCCAAAUUAAUUGUUAUUUAUCAAAAAACAAAAGUGUCAAACACAACCCAAUAAUCACCAGAAAUACACAAUCCAGAUAAAAACAUAUGAACACUAUGCAGAAUGCAAUCAAUUCCUAGAAAUCCGAACUAUUCUUGAAUAUAUUUAUUGUGAAUGUUUACGCUAGGCAAAACAACAAAAAAACAAAAAAAAACAUGUCAAAUAUACCUCUACAUUGAACUCGCCUAAAUCAUACAAAAACACUCACUUAGUUUAAACCAUAUCACACUGCAAGGGAUAAAGAAACAAGCAUAUAUUGUGUAUUUA